AUCCUCAGUAGCUUGUCUGAGGAGCAAACUUUUCUCCCUGGGAGCGCGCUCCUUCUCCCGUCCACAGUCCAGACGUGCAGCCGCUCUGCUGUUACAUGAACAACCCUCCAUCCUCCAACUUUUCUCUCCAUAAACUGGCGGUGUCCUCGCUCCGCCUUUGUGCCGAUCAUCUGUGAGCUGUCGGCGGAUUCACAGCGGCGACACAGGCGGGAUGGAGCGGUCCCGGUAAAGUUAGAAGAAGAGAGGCUCCUCCGGUGCUCCCACCGCGCCUCGGAGGCCAUGGGCUGCGGCUUGAGGAAGCUGGAAGACCCGGAGGACAGCAGUCCCGGGAAAAUCUACUCCACCUUGAAAAGACCGCAAGUGGAGACCAAAACGGACACUGUGUACGAGUAUGUGCUGCUCGACUUCAGUCUGGAAGGAAGCCGUCCCACGGUGCAGUAUGUGGCCUCACUUUCCGAGCUGCCUCAGGCUCUGCAGCCCUACUACACACAAGGUUAUGUCCUGGCCGCCCUGCACCCAAUCAUCCUGUCCGUGGGCCGAACACGCUCGCUGCCCUUCAGCCUGCUGUACCGUGCCAUCCUGGCCCGUCCCAGACCCAGUAAGCAGACAGCACCCAUGUGUCACAGCGUGCCUGUGUUGAGGGUGGAGGAAUGGCCGUUACCUGGAGACUCACUGACAGGCGACGCUGUCCGGGCGCUCAUUGACAGAGUGAACAGCAGCGCCCGAGGAGGCGUUCGCUUCAUCGGCUCAGUCCUCCAGCAGGUGAGCGGGAGCACAAAUGGCAGGGUCCACAGUCCAAAGAGGGGCUGUCACUCCCCUCCCCGCAGCCCUCCUUGUACCCCGCCUGGAGACAGGGAGCUGGAGGAAAACAUCCACAGUCCGGACCUGCGGUUGCUGGUCUUCUUCCACUCCUGGGCUCCUGGCUGCACUCCUCUGGACUCACUGGGCUGUCAGUACCACCAAGGGGCGCUCUCAAUGCGCGUUUCCAGGAAGGGUCACGUGGUCAGCGCCCUGGAGGCCGACUGGCUGGAGCUGACCGCCACCUAUUACCGCAAAGGGUGGUCACUUGUGGACUCCUUCGUCUACUGGGACACGCAUAAAGGUGAGCCGGUGCCCAGGUCUCUGGAGGGGUUGUUUGUGUAUGAAGAAAGAAGCACUUCUCCUCCCCCCAACGACACCAUCGUCGUAGAGCAGUGGACUGUCAUCGAGGGCUCCAGUGUGAAAACAGACUAUGGGCCCCUCCUUCACACUCUGGCCGAGUUUGGCUGGCUGCUCACAUGCGUGCUGCCCACACCCAUCAUCCGACAUGACAGUGAUGGGAACCUGGCCACAAAGCAGGUUGUGUUUCUCCAGAGGCCGGUCAGGAGUCAGGCAGGAGGACAGCCAAGGAACCAGGCUCUGUCCGUGCACAGCGACGUGUCUAGUGCUGCCCUUCCAGAGGAGCUUUCUCCCACUGCAGGAGGCACUGUGGGCUUUCCGGUGUUUGGGGGGAGGUAUCCCAGCACCCUGCCCCACCUGGAGGAAGGUGGCUUUGAGCAGGAAGAGGGGAAGGCUGAGGUCACCUGCAUGUGAGCAGGAAAACAAAUGGAUGGAAUUGUUCCCCAGGAGUGAAGUUCAGGACACAUAAGUCACAGUAAAAGGCAUGAAACCAUUGGUCCUCGCAUUCCUUCGAACAGACUUUAAUGUGGACCACAGCACUUUUUAAUGUUUUUAAUGAAGCCAUAACAAGGUGUUCUUUAGAAGUGGAUCUACAGUGUGUCCAGAUCAAAAUUAGUCUACGGGAGACACUUUACACAGAUUUCAAUCCAUUUGAAGUGAUUGUCAAACUUCUGAUCAGUUCAGAUGUUCAUAUGGAAUUAGUACAGCACAUUUACUCAGAUUGCUGCACAUUAUGGACACAACAGUGGUGGUAAAAGCAGGCACACGGGGCUCUACUGUUUCAUCUGAAUCACCACUGAACAUUUUAUUGGCAUUACAUCACAGCUUAAAACAUUCUGCUACAGAUCCCUCACCUCUCCUCAU